UUGCUCUCGUACGCAUGCGCACAUGUAAACAUCCCUGCUUUCAUCGACCUGCCUUCCAUUCUUCUGUAAUUUUACAAGAAGCAAGUAGCAAUGGCGGACGCUGCUCCAGCCGCACGUGGUGGCUUUCGUGGAGGUUUCGGCUCUCGCGGUGCGGGAGGUGAUCGUGGAGGUCUGAGAAGUCGUGGUCGUGGUGGCAGAGGUAGAGGACGUGGCCGUGGACGCGGCAAGGAAGAUAGCAAGGAAUGGGUUCCUGUUACCAAGCUAGGCCGCUUGGUCAGAGACGGCAAGAUUCAAUCUCUCGAGCACAUUUAUCUGUUUUCUUUACCCAUCAAAGAGUAUGAGAUCAUCGACAGGUUCCUCGGACCAGAUCUUAAGGACGAAGUCUUGAAGAUCAUGCCUGUACAGAAGCAGACUAGAGCAGGUCAACGUACGCGAUUUAAGGCAUUUGUUGCCAUUGGAGACAGCAACGGACACAUUGGACUUGGAGUGAAGUGUUCGAAGGAAGUAGCCACUGCCAUUCGUGGUGCUAUUAUUCUGGCAAAACUCUCGGUUGUACCGGUUCGGCGUGGUUAUUGGGGCAACAAGAUUGGCAAGCCACAUACGGUGCCAUGCAAAGUGACUGGCAAGUGUGGUUCUGUACAAGUGCGCCUGAUACCAGCACCAAGGGGUACCGGUAUCGUCUCCGCUCCAGUUCCUAAGAAACUGCUACAGAUGGCUGGGAUCGAGGACUGCUACACUUCAGCCAGGGGUUCCACUUGUACACUCGGCAAUUUCGCCAAGGCGACAUACGCCGCGAUCGCCAAGACAUACGCAUAUUUGACACCAGAUUUAUGGAAGGAGCAGGCUUUGGCCAAAGCGCCUUACCAGGAAUUCGCGGAUUAUUUGUCAAAGACACACAAGGGCAGCGCGAGAGUGACCGAAGUUGCCUAAAUAAACAUCCAGCUUCCAUGGAAAUGCCUUGAAA